GUUUUAUUUUGAAAUUUUAUAUAUUUUUUUUGUCGUUUUAAGUAAAAUUAAAAAAUAGCCAUGAUUUUGAAAAACACAUUUAAAAUAUUAAAUAACAAUGCCCGGAGGCUUGUUCAUUACGUGCAGGGGCAAACGACAGGAGAAAAAAACAAUAUUAGGGAAUACUUCUACUACAUUGACCAUCAAGGAAUGUUAUUUUUAGAUGACUCGAAGAUGAAAAACUUCACAUCUUGCUUCAAAGAUAAGGAGUUUCUUGAGUUCUUUUUCAAAAGGAUUCGUCCUAAUGUGACGGAAAGAUAUCUAGAUUUCCCUUACAUAUCUCUUUGCGGAAGGGAGAGGAAUUAUAUACGUGUUGACGAUACGCCACUCGUCUAUUCCCAGAUAUCGUCUAGAGAUGGCAAGGACGUCCUGCUCUACAAUCACGCUGGAGACAAGUUGUUCAACGAUUUCGUACCCCAGAAUCUUUUCAUGUCGCCCGCCACUGGCAGGAUUUACCAUCCUUGCCAGGAGAAGUAUGGCUCGGUUGGCCUAAUUAUAUCGAAAAUUGCAAUCGAACUUAGUAAAUUAUUCACUUUUGAAAACGGCGAGGACAAACCGCCGACAAAGUUUGAGUGGAAAGGUGCAAUUCAUGAAUUAGACUUCGAAUGGUAUUUUAAGUACAGGCCUCAGGAAAAAUAAUUAAUUAAAGGGAAAAAAUAUACAGAUACAUCUAGCCAUACAUUAGGUAUUGUACAAGUCAUUUUUAAAUCAAUAGUACCUAUAAAUCACAAUAUUCCAUCAUAAUGUCUAAAAUUAUUAAUCAGAUUAGAUUAUUAAUUAUCAGUUAAAAUUCAAAAGAAAAUUAAAUAUAUUGUAAUAAAAUUAUUAACUGUUUUCUAGACUAAAUUGUAUUGAAGGUGAGGGUUUAAUUUGUGCAAUUGAUAUUUUUUUACAGACAUUAAAAUAUCAAAUUUACUUCAGUAGUACAUGCUAAUACCAUGGAAAAUUUCAUAUUCCUAUGAAUGGCAGAGUCAUAUUGCUUUUAUCAUUGAUAGUUUAAGUAAAUUGACAAAUUUUUAUCAUCAAUGAUACAGUGAUAAAAUUACAAAUUUAUAAAAACCAAUUGUUUCAAGCUGUGGUUUAUCAGUUGACUUGUAUAACGUUUGGCUAAUAAAUUUUGUAUUUUGUGCAUAUUUCCAUGAAAAGGGAUCAAAUUUAUUAUUAAGUGUUAAAUUUUUAUGUUUAAAUAAAGUUAGAAUUUUAUUUGUAGAUAAGUUUUGUUUUAACUAUUUUAUGAUUGAUUCUCUCUGGAGAAUUGCUAAUGCAAAUUUAUGUAUAAUGUAAAAUAAAAGCAUUGUACAGAUAUAAAAUUUGUUUUAUUAAAUUUAUUUUUAUAAGAGCGAUAAAAUAAAGCUUGUUUGAACUGUAUUAACUUGAUUAAUCAUGUCUUAAGAUUAAAUAAAAAAACUAUUGUUUAUGAAUGAUAUACUUAAACCAAAGAUUUUAUGCUGAAAAUAUAUUAAUAUUCUAUAUAUGCUCUAACAUAUUUUCAUAUAAAAUGCAAACAACAUGCACUGUAGAAAUGCUUCAUUAUUGAAGUCAUCUUUUUAACUUAAAAAAAUAAAUGGAAUCUUAAAGAUAAUAUAAGAAUUGUUAAUUAAACUGCUUAUUAAAAAAUAAUAAAUUUCAACAGAAUUCUGAGGUUUAAAUUUUGUUAAUCCUCAACAGUAUGUAAACUAUUGAUAAAGCCAAAAGGAAAUGGAUAUUAGCCUUGAUAAUUGGAAAAUUUUAUAUCAACUGAUUCAUGUCCAUACUGAGGCGUUGUUGCAUAAGUCUGAUUUGCAUAGACUUAUUCCCUUAUGAAGAGCAAAAAUUAGCAUGUUAUAUUACAUAAUGAAUGAUAACAUAAUGAAAUGAUGUUAUAAUAGGAUGAAUAUUACAUAAUUAAUUAAUGGAAUAACAGUUGCAAUGUGAUUUUUUUUGUAACAUUAUUUUUGUAAAGAAACAGUGAAUCACAAUAGAGUAUUAGCCUUCUUUGAUACACUCCGGCUUUCUACGAAUUCUUGCUAGUCAGGAUAUAAUAAAAUUUUAUUUUGAUUUUUUUUAUUAUUAUGGUGUUUUUAUGUUAAAGUUUAAAAAUAAAUAAAUAAAUUGGACAGUGUAGGAAAAAUUGUAACCAAAUUUAAAGGUACAAAGAAAGAACAAUUUAGGCUGAAUUUUGUGUCAGUUGGUGUAUCCCAAGGCUAUAUUCUUGAGAUUUUACUCUUUUCCGUGUUUCUAAAUGAUUUUCCAUUUUCUUAAUUUCUCCCAAUUUCAUCUUUAUACUGACGACACAGCUUUACAUUCCAUGUGCUACAAGCAAUAUCUCUUUGCUCAACCUUGAUCUUCAUUCUCUCAACCAAUAGUUAAGAAAUAACGGUAUUAUUUUAAACCCUAAUAAAUCCCAAUCCUUAUUCAUUUCCAAUAAACCCAUUAAUACAGAUUGCCUGUUCCUUCCUCAUAUCAACAGCUAUUAAUUUUUGUCCUAAAGUUAAAAAUCUCGGUGUUAUUUUUAACUCCAAGCUUAUAUGGCAUGACCAUGUGAGCUCUAUUAUUAAAAAGGCCUACUCAGCUUCCAUUUUCUUUGAUUCCUCCCUAGCUUUUUCACUCUACAGAAAACUAGAGUUCGCCUUAUUAAAUCCCUAAUAAUUCCAUUAUUCUCUUACUGUAGAGCUAUUUUUUUUUCUUCACUUUCCUUAGACUCUCACUUUGAUCAUCGCCUUCAAAUUGCUUAUUAUUCCUGCAUUAGAUUCUGUUAUGAUUUUAAGUUAAGAGAUCAUACUUCUUCCUAUAUUAACGCCUUCAGCAGCCUUAACAUUUUAAGACUUUAUAAACUUAGAAUUUUAAUAUACAUAUUUAUAAUUAAAUCAAAUAAACGUCCUCAAUAUUGAUCAACUUUUUCCCUCGCAUUCAUUAUCCAAAUGCCCCAACCAUAUCUCAAGCCUUCAACAUUCCUAUAAACCUUUAGCCUUGUCCUUCAGAAUUGCCGAGUCAAAACUAUGGAAUUUGCUUCCCUGGGAAAUAUGUUCUGCUUCCUUGCCGGCUUUUUUUUUUAAGGUCGAUGGCAUCUGAGUUUUUAAAAACAACAUGAAUAAUGUCCUUUUCUUCCCUCCUACUGUUCUUUUGGCUGUUUCCUUUUUUUCUCUUUCUGCUUUUCUCUCAUAAUGUGGUUGCAUCACUACAUCACUUGAUAAAUAAUUAAUAUUUUAAAGAAUAUUGACAUGUAGAUUUUAU